UGACUAUCUAAUCAGUUGAUAUAGUAUUGAUAUAAAAUAUCAAUUUUCUCUACCACAUCUUCAGUAUUCGAAACGUUUCCGAACUAUUGAAAGAUGAAAUUAGCUUCAAUUUUAUUUGUAAGCUCAAUUUUCCUGGCGUCGUCUGUACACGGCCAAAACAGGAAAGUUGUGUGUUAUUGGAUGCCAGGAACUGAUACUACCAGAGUAAAUCCAAACAUUUGCACCCAUGUUAUAUUCAGUUUUUUGGGAAUCACUGCAGAUGGCAGCCUCACCUAUUUGUGGCGUAGUGCUGCACAAGUUACAAGUCUUCUACAAGGAUUAGUUGCUAUGAAAUCCCAAAAUCCGAAUCUUAGGGCUCUGGUUGCGAUUGGAGGAUACAAUGAAGAUUUGAUAACGCCAUGGUACACUUUAGCUGCUAGUGCUGCUGCUCGUCAGAAUUUCGCUAGAAAUCUCCGAGAUUUCAUUGCUCGAAACUAUCUGGAUGGAGUGGAUAUUGACUGGGAAUACCCAAAUUAUGACGGUAAUCGUCCAGAGGAUAAGCAAAACUUUAUCUAUCUUUUGGAAGCUAUAAGGAAUGAGAUAAGCAAUCACUAUCUGUUAACGGUUGCUAUUGGAGCUGGAGCAUGGAGAACCGGUCUGAGUUAUGACAUUCCCAACAUAUUUCGGGUUUGCGAUUUCGUCAAUUUAAUGACCUACGACAUGCACGGUGGCUGGGAGCCAAGAACUGGCAUCCAUGGUGCGAUGUAUCGCGGUCCGAAUGACCAAACUGACGCCAAUGUACAGUUUUCAGUGCAAUUUUUAAUCGGUUUCGGAAUCGAUAGGACCAAGCUCAUAUUGGGCAUCCCAGCCUACGGCAUCGGAUUCACCUUAACAAAUGCUGCUUCGAAUGGCGUUGGAGCUCCAGCAAACAGUGGCGGAUACUAUGAACAUUAUCAACAAAUGUGCUUAUGGGAAAAUGCAGGAUGGAAUCAGCGUUUCGAAGAAGCUCAAAUGGUCCCGUACAUUUUCCAAGGCAAUCAAUGGUACGGCUAUGACAAUCUCAGGUCGGUGGAACACAAGGCUAACUUUAUCAAUGCUCAAGGGCUUGGCGGUGCAAUGUUUUGGGAAUUGACCGCAGAGGAUUGGAAUAAUUCGUGUGGAGGUGGAUUUUGGCCAUUAAUUUCAGCUGUUUAUCGCAUUGUUCAUGGUUGAGUGUAAUAAAGAAAUUAAUUGUUUCUGAUUUGA